ACAAGCAUUCGCUCCUACUUGAGAAAGCAAACUAAAGGUAGACUCCGAAACCAAAUAGAAAGAGAGACUGCGAGAACGAAGAUGUUCCCAUGGCCAGAGAGGCCGAUGAUGGCGCUAGGCUACGGCCAAGCCUCGUCCACCGCCGGUGCCGCCAUGGCGGCCUCCUCCUCCUCCACACCUACCAUAUCCGUCGCCUUCCAACCCUCCCCUACUUCUCAUACAAGCGGUCUUUCUCACCAUGACAUACUAAAUUACAGCAGCUCUCUUCUAGUCCUAUACCACCCAACCACCACCACCUCCUCCUCCUCUCACGCGCCUUCGUCCACUAUCCCGCCCCCCACCCUCCACCAUCUGCAUGCAGCACACGGCAUUUCCCCUCCCACGAGUUCGUCGCCUCCACAUCCAUGGUUGACCUGUGAUGAAGGUCAUGAUCAAGUUCAAGGCGGGCAGAGGGGGAAGGGCACUGCGGUGAGCGAGGGGUUGGCUGCCGGGCAUAACAGCGCAGCGAUGGCGGUGGGGGUGGGCGCGGUGAGGAUGAAGAAGGUGGGAAGCGGCGGAGGGAAGGCACGGCGGAAGGUGCGGGAGCCGCGGUUCUGCUUCAAGACUAUGAGCGACGUCGACGUGCUCGACGACGGCUACAAGUGGCGCAAGUACGGCCAGAAGGUCGUCAAGAACACGAAGCACCCCAGGAGCUACUACCGUUGCACGCAGGACAACUGCCGGGUGAAGAAGCGGGUGGAGAGGCUGGCGGAGGACCCCCGCAUGGUGAUCACCACCUACGAGGGCCGCCACGUCCACUCCCCCUCCCGCGACGACGACGACGCCGCGCGCGCCAACACCGAGAUGAGCUUCAUCUAGCUAUCUACUGCAUGCAUGCAUGCACAACCGGACCGCGCGAUCGUCGCCGGCCAGUCGGCCGGCCGCCGCCGUCGAGGCCAUCGCAUCGCCGCUCAAGUUUCGCCAGCUGAAUCCUGACCCAUCCAUCAGAUUAUAUGUCGUGCCUAUGCGCUGCAAUAUCGUAUGUAAUGUCGCAUGCAUGUUGCAUGCAUUGUGAAUUACAGUAUUGAAUUAUUUUUUGUAGCUAGCGCAGCCGGGUGAUAAACUGACAAUAUAUAGCAGCAGUUACUCUAGCGUUAGUAGCAAUCUUUACUACCCUUCAUAGCAGUAUUUACUACUUAAGAAACAGUGGUUAAUAUGGCGUUGAUGGUC